AUGAGCUUCCUCCGCCACAAAACGCCACUCUGCGUUCGAUCUUCGGAAGCGACGAGUGACCAAAUCUUCUCCCCAUUAAUGGCGUUAAUGCGAUCAAAACUCCAUCUCUCUCGAACCAUUGCCUUCAUCUCUCCUCUUCUUCCUAAAUCCUUCACCACCUCCGCAAGUUCCCUACACCAUGACCACCAAAUUGACGAAUCCGCCGCCGCCGCCGCCACCGUCAGCUCUGUCCCCGCCUUGCCUGUGUUAACUCCGGAAGAUACACACACAGUAGAAAAGCUCCACUCCAUCAUCAAAGACCACUAUCGCAAAAACCCCACCGACCCGAACGACGCCGUCUUAAACCCUAGCUUCACCCUCCCAUCUCUCUCCCUCGAUUUCUCCCAAAUCUCCGCCGCCGACGCCUCCCGAAUCUCCCCCUCCGUCGUCCGAUGCGUAAUCGAGAAGUGCGGCGGCGUCCGCCACGGAAUCCCUCUCCUCCAAUCCCUAGCUUUCUUCAACUGGGCCACCUCGCGAGACGAAUACGACCAGAAAUCCCCUCACCCGUACAACGAAAUGAUCGAUUUCGCUGGAAAGGUAAGACAAUUCGACCUAGCCUGGCACUUGAUCGAUCUCAUGAAAUCGAGAGACGUCUCGAUCUCGAUCGAGACCUUCACGAAUCUGAUUAGGCGUUACGUUAGAGCCGGAUUAGCUUCAGAGGCCGUGCAUUGCUUCAACCGUAUGGAAGAUUACGGAUGCGUUCCUGAUAAAAUCGCUUUCUCCAUUGUCAUUAGCAUCCUCUCUCGAAAGAGAAGAGCUAACGAAGCUCAAUCGUUUUUCGAUAGCUUGAAAGACAGAUUCGAGCCAGAUGUCAUCGUCUACACCAAUCUGGUUCGUGGUUGGUGCCGAGCCGGUGAGAUCUCGGAGGCGGAGAGAGUGUUCAAGGAGAUGAAAUCGGCUGGGAUUGAUCCAAACGUGUAUACGUACAGCAUUGUCAUCGACGCGUUGUGUAGAUGCGGUCAAAUCAGCCGCGCGCACGAUGUGUUUGCGGAUAUGAUCGAAUCGGGAUGUGCUCCAAACGCGAUUACUUUCAACAACUUGAUGAGGGUUCAUGUGAAAGCGGGAAGAACAGAGAAGGUGUUGCAGGUUUAUAACCAGAUGAAGAAGCUGGGAUGCGAGCCUGACACGAUCACUUACAACUUCCUCAUCGAGGCUCAUUGCAGAGACGAUCAUCUUGAGAACGCGGUGAAGGUGUUGAACGCGAUGAUCAAGAAGAAGUGCGAUGUGAACGCGUCGACUUUCAAUACUAUAUUUAGGCACAUUGAGAGGAAGAGAGACGUCAAUGGCGCGCAUAGGAUGUUUGCGAAGAUGGUGGAGGCGAAGUGUGAGGCGAAUACGGUGACGUAUAAUAUACUGAUGAGGAUGUUUGUGGAGUCGAAGUCUACUGAUAUGGUGUUGAAGAUGAAGAAGGAGAUGGAUGCGAAGGAGGUUGAGCCGAAUGUGAAUACUUAUAGGCUUUUGGUGACAAUGUUUUGUGGGAUGGGGCAUUGGAAUAAUGCUUAUAAGUUCUUUAGGGAGAUGGUUGAGGAGAAGUGUUUGGUACCGAGCUUGGCUUUGUAUGAGAUGGUUCUUGCUCAGUUGAGAAAAGCUGGGCAAUUGAAGAAGCAUGAAGAGUUGGUGGAGAAGAUGAUUCAGAAGGGACUCGUUGCUCGGCCGUUGUAG